UGUUUGUUUCGGGGCGGGUGUAUGUGUGUGUGUGUGUGUGUGUGUGUGUGUGUGGAGGGUGUGUGUGGAGUUAGCUGAAACUAUGAGAGAUGCAGCUGAAACGCUCACAUAGUUGAGGUGUGGCUUGUUAGAGGCUCCAGGAACUAACUCGGGAUAGCCAGAGGCAGACAGAGCAGAACAGAACAGGGUUCCAGGAAGGAACUAACAGGUUAGCCAGAGGCAGAGGGAGCUAUGGCAGACACAGAACUCAAACCACAGUCAGAACCAGACCAGAAACUCUGCUGCACCGUGUGUUCCGGUGCUCUCAAGGGUGAUAACUCCGCUACCUGUGGCCACUCAGUCUGUGCCUCCUGCCUGGGGAAGAAAGGUAAGGCCUGCCUCCAGUGUCUACAAUGCUCUGACAAGCCUAAACCGGCACCUGUGGAACAGAAUGGAACGAUGAAUGGAAUAGUGGCUGAGUCUCCACCGGUGAUCAAAACCAAAGAAAAUGAGAAAAAGGACAUACAAACCCAGAAUUCAAAGACAGCAGAGGAGGCAAAGAUACAGGAAGACCUGAAGGAAUCAGAGGACCCUAAGAAACCAGAGGAGGUAAAGAUACAGGAAGAUAAAGGGAGUGACCCUCCACAGCCUGCAGAGGAAGUGAAAGAGGAUGUGGGGGUUGGGGUGAAAGAGAAAUUAAAAGAGAAAUCAAAGGAAGAGAUGAAAGUAGAGCCAUUGGGGUCCGAUGAUGUUGUGUGUGACUCAUGUAUGGAGACGAGCCCGUGCAGCGCCCUCAAGUCUUGCCUCACAUGCCUCGUGUCCUACUGCGAGGACCACCUUAGACCUCACCUGGAGAACUCCAAGUUCCAGAACCACAGGCUGGUGGAGCCGCUGAGGGACAUCGAGAGACGGACCUGUGAGACCCACAAGUGGCCCCUGGACCUGUUCUGCUGUGCCGACGCUGUGUGUGUCUGUCAGGACUGUGUGACAGAGGACCACAGGGGACACAACACUGUCGCUGUGGUAGAGGCACGCAAAACCAUUGAGAGGGAACUACAAGAUAAGCAAACGGAGAUGGAGAAGACAGUGACAGCAGCAGAGAAAGCUAUCAACAAACUCCAAGUCAACACUGUCUCCAUUGAGAAUUCAGUGACAGAGGUCCGUGAGGUGAUCGAGAACCAGUUUACGAAGCUCCAGGCUGCGGUGGAGCGGGCCAAGAGAGAGGUGACGGAGAUCCUGGAGGGAGAGGAGAAGCAGGCUUUGAGACAGGCCGAGGGGAUCAAGGUACACCUGGAGCAGAGGUGCACUGAGCUGAAGAAGACACGGGCUCAGGUGGAGAAGCUCUACAAGAACAAGAAUGACGUGGACUUCUUACAGGAGUACUCCGAGUGGAAGAAGGACAGCUCCGACUUCACCCUACCUGGGGUCUACAUCGGCCUCAUGGACCAGCUCAACUCCUUCAGCAGAGAGAUUGUUACCUCCACACAGGAGCUGUGUGAGAUGCUGCUGUCCAACUACAUAGAGACACUCAAAGCGACCUGCAAAAAUGACAUGAUGGGGAUAAAGACAACAGCCCAUGAAAUAAUCGCAGCCAAACAGAACAUGGAUGUUCCAGACCCAAAGACACGGGAUGACUUUCUAAAAUAUGCCAAUCCCGUGAGUUUUGACGCAGACACGGCCCAUAAGUUCCUGCGUCUGACUGAAGAAAACAGGAAGGUGACCAACACCACACCCUGGCAACACCCGUACCCCGAUGUCCCUGAACGCUUUGAGAACUGGCGCCAGGUACUGGCCACAGAGAGCUUCUAUGUCGGCCGACACUACUUCGAGGUGGACGUGAGCGGUGAGGGCACGCAUGUUGGACUCACCUACAAGAGCAUCGACCGCAAGGGUUCGGAAAGUAACAGCUGCAUCACCGGCAAUGACUUCUCAUGGUGCCUCCAAUGGAACGGACGUACCUUCUCUGCCUGGCACGGUGAUGUGGAGACACCUCUGAGACUGGACAAGUUCACACGUAUUGGGGUCUACGUGGACUAUAGCCGUGGCUUACUGGCUUUCUAUGGGGUGGAUGACGCCGUCGGCAUGACCCUCAUCCACAAAUACAAGGCUGCGUUUCUGGAGCCCCUCUACCCAGCCUUCUGGCUGUCGAAGAAGGAGAAUGUGGUACUGCUUGUUGGACCUGGAGAGCCGUUGCCACUGAAAAGCUCCUCUCCCUCUAAAACACCUCCAAACACUGAUGUAGCACCCCUCAGCCGUUUCACAGUAACUCCUGUUGUUGAACAGUGAUCAAUUUGUCGGUGGUCAGUUUUCUCUGUCAAGCCUGAGAAGAUUUAGAAUGCAAGAAGCAAUGGAAAAAUAAACAUAAAUCCUCAUAAGGUGACAAGAAACCUCACUAGAUCUGGAAAUUACUUUUCUAAAUGAAAGUUGAAUAUUUGUUAUAUAUUUCCAGAGAGUAUAUUAGUUGUUCUUACUCUUGUUGUAUGAAUAAUCUUGGCACAAUGUCAAUGGUUAGGUUACCUCUAAUGUGAUGGCUCACUUUCUAUUUAUAUUAUUGUUAAAAUCUGACGCAAAAUAGUUUUGACACUGUGACUAAUCGAAUGGUGGACUUCUUUGGUAAACUUUGCGACUGCUGCACUGUGACUUUGAAAUGUAAUGUAUUUGAGAGAUAACACUAUAAAUAAAAUAAAAUACAGUUGUA